AUGUCGUCUCAGCCUGACCACCCAACCUUGCUCAUCCCGGGCCCCGUUGAGUUUGAUGAUGCCGUUCUGCAGUCUAUGAGCCACUUCAGCGAGUCUCACGUUGGACCCGGCUUCGUGGCAACCUUUGGCGAGACCCUGACUUUACUCCGCCAGCUCUUCCAGACCACCGACUCCUCGGCGCAGCCUCUGGUCAUCUCUGGUUCCGGUACCUUGGGAUGGGAUCUGACCGCCGCCAACCUGGUCGAGGCUGGCGAGGACGUUUUGGUCCUAAGCACCGGCUACUUUGGUGAUGCAUUUGCCGACUGCUUUGAGACAUAUGGCGCAAAGGUCACAAAGAUCACGGGCCCCAUUGGUGGUCGCCCGCAACUACCCGAGAUCGAGGAGGCAUUGAAGUCCAAAAAGUUCAAGGUCGUCACCGUCACUCAUGUCGACACAUCGACUGGUGUCCUCAGUGAGCUAGAGAAGCUCUCUGAGCUGGUCAAGAGAAUCUCCCCAGAGACCUUGUUGGUCGUGGAUGGUGUCUGCAGUGUGGCAUGCGAGGAAAUCCAGUUCGACAAGUGGAAGAUUGACGGUGUUGUUACGGCCAGUCAAAAAGCCAUCGGCUGCCCAGCUGGUCUCUCCAUCUCCAUGUGGAGCGGCAAAGCCAUUGAGGUGUUCCAGGCCCGAAAGACGCCGCCCGCCUCGUACUUUGCCUCGUUCAAGAACUGGCUACCUAUCAUGAAGAACUACGAGGCCAAGAAGCCGUCGUACUUUGCGACGCCAUCGCCACAGUUGAUCCAUGCCUUGAACACAGCUCUUGUUCAGAUCCUUGCCAAGCCACUCUCCGAGAGAUUUGCCAGGCACACUGAAGUAUCAGACAGAAUCAAGAAGGCCGUGACGGAUCUGGGCCUGAAGCAGGUUGCCGUGAAGCCCGAGGACCAGGCGCAUGGCAUGACUGCCAUCUACCUGCCGGAAACUGUCAAGGCCACCGAGUUGCUGCCUAGACUCGCCAAGAGUGGUGUCGUUUGGGCCGGUGGUCUUCACAAGGAGAUUGCCCCCAAGUAUGUCCGUUUUGGACACAUGGGCGUCAGUGUUACCGACCCCAACAGGAAGGAUAUCGACAAGGCUCUCAACGCGCUUUCGAAUGGGUUGUCGGAGCUUGGAUACCAAAAGGCAUAA